AUGACCAUGAUAGGAUCAUCGCCGCCAUCAUUACCUUCCCUAGAGACUGCUGCCACCCCUGGCUCCACUAUCCCCACGCCCCUCCCACGCAAGACCCUGACCCCUCCACCCGCAAACGCCCUUCUACAGCCACACCGGCCGGUUGACGAAUUGGAGCUGGGAGGUCGAUCUUCUUUCGUUUCAACCUCCCACUUUGUUUUGAGCCUUGAGCCGCCGUCAUUGUUCGAUAUGAUGGCCGCCUCGCUCUCCCCGGGGAAUAAAUUCUUCAACCCCCGCAAUUCCUUCACACGCGCCGUCUUCCUCACCGUCUUCUGCCUCGUCUUCUUCAUCCUGACCCUACGCCCUACUACCGAGCGGGUUUACAAGUUCAAACAGCAGUUCGGGUACGAGGACCAGCAGCAGCAGCAGCAGCAGCAGCAGCCUCCAAAGGCCGCUCCCCCCGUCGAAGAAGUCGCCCCCCCUGCCCCAGUGGUGCCGGACUGCACAAUCGAUGCUGCACACCUACAAUCAUUACAGCAAAAAUUCGGAUUGGGCGACAAGAUUGAGUAUGGCCGCCGGUAUAUCCACUUCAUUCCCCAGGACAUCGAGCGCAAGUCCAUAACCAAGAUUGACGAGGACCUCUUCCCCGAAGAUUUCGAUACAAUUGAUCUCCAGAGCCCGCCCGCGAACAUAACAUGUCUGAAAGCGCUCGAUGUCCCAGUACCCAAGUCCCCAUACCCGGCUACCGUGGAUGCCAGCGAUUUCUUGUUCGGCGUCUCGACGACAUACAAACGGCUCGUGGACCCGAAAACCAGCCCCAUCCAUGAGUGGGCGCACUGGUUGACAGAUGGGAAGGGGAACUCCAAUGGCGGGGGUUUGAUCCUGCGUCUUGUUGAUGCCUCCGAUGAGCAGCUGGAGGAGACGAGAAAACGAUUGGCGGCAUUGGGCAUGGAUGUGAAGGUGUACCACUCGAACAGCUCUAUCGAGAUGGCACAACGAUACCUCUCGCUCCUCCCAACGCUGUACAACGACGUCUCGCGCAAGAACCGCAAGUGGCUUGUGAUGUGCGACGACGACACUUUCUUCCCUAGCAUGCACGCCCUCAUCCGCAGACUCUCCCAGUACAACCACCGAUCGGAUCUGUACAUCGGUACCUUAUCAGAGGAUGUGAACAACGUUCAACGACACGGCUCCCAAGCCUUCGGGGGCGCAGGCGUCUUCUUCUCCACCCACCUCGCAUCGGUCAUUACAAAGCUCUACGACCAGUGCAGCACGCCCCAGAAGGUUCAGGAAGCCAACACGGGCUGGGGCCCACAGGGCGAUAUCCUUCUGAGAAAGUGCAUCUACGAGAACACCGAGAUCCGUCUUACGCUGCUCCGUGACCUGCACCAGUUGGACAUCAUGGGCGACCCCGCUGGUUUCUAUGAAGCCGGCCUCGCGCCCCUCUCCCUGCACCACUUUAAGGGCGGCAUGUGGACAGAAGCCAAGCCCUACGAGGGCGCCAAGGUGAUGCACACCUGUGGCGAAGACUGCUUCCUGCAACGCUUCCUCUCCAACGAUGAUUUCAUCAUCAGCAACGGCUACAGUAUCGCAUAUUACCCCAAGGGGAUCCAAUUCGACGUCAACCAGAUGGAGCGCACCUUCAACCCAGCGCCGGACGACUACGGCUGGAAUCUGGACUUCAUGCUCGGCCCACAGCGACAGAGCCUCACGACGACGGGCCGGAAAGUGGCCUGGGAACUGCAGGAAUCCACCUUGCGAGAUGAUGGCUCCGUCUUGCAAUCCUACAUCCGCAAGGCGGACGACAAGCGAUGGACCGAGAAUGGUCGCCCUCUCUUCGACAAGGAUGGCCUGCUCGAACUCGUCUGGGUCCCCUGA